AUGUCUGCUCCACUCGGGGCCCGAGGCGGGCCGUCCGCUCCUCCUGCGGCCGCUGCUCUACCGGAGAUGCCGGACCUCAGCCACCUCACCGAGGAGGAAAGGAAGAUCAUCCUCGGUGUCAUGGACCGGCAGAAAAAGGAAGAGGAGAAGGAGCAGUCGAUGCUCAAGAAGUUGCACCAGCAGUUUGAGAUGUACAAGGACCAGGUGAAGAAGAUCGGGGACGAGGCGCAGACCACCCCGGAGGCAACCCAGAAGGCCGACUCGCCCACCUGCGGCAUAUGCCACAAGACCAAGUUUGCCGACGGCUGCGGCCACCUCUGUUCCUAUUGCCAAACCAAGUUCUGUGCUCGCUGUGGGGGACGUGUCUCCCUGCGCUCCAAUAAGGAGGACAAAGUGGUGAUGUGGGUAUGCAACCUGUGCCGAAAACAACAAGAAAUCCUCACCAAGUCCGGGGCCUGGUUCUACGGCGGCUCGGGGGCCACGCUGCCAGCGGGGGUGGGCGGCGGUUUUGAAGGGGGCCCUGGGGGUCUGGCUCGGCGUCGCCACGAGGAGGCUCCGCAGGAGAAGAAAGCUAAGCUCCAGGAGGCCCCGCUGCUCUACCAGGGGGCCCGGGGCCUACCCAGACAGCAGUCCCUAGGAGAAAAUGACAAUUCGGCAAGAAAAAACAGCGAACAUAAUGCAGUACGGAAGAGAAGCCCGUCUGCAUCCAGGGAUCCAAACCAAAAAUACGACCAAAGGGAGGAGCUAGGCGGAGGCGGCGGCCGCUCCCACUAUGCCCCAGGCCAGCACGGCGGCAUGCCCAGAUCGCCGUCUGACUACGGGGACGUCGGAGACCACCGGCGGGGAGGCGGAGGAGGACCAGGUCCCGGCGGAGGGGGAGGGGGAGGCUACGGCGGCCACCCCCACGGCGGGGCGGGGGCGGCGCGGGGAGCCUACCGAGCCCGUCGGGGCGGCUGGCGCUCGCAGGAGGACUACUACCCGCCCGACGAGGAGCUGGGCCCGCCCCCGGCCAGCGAGUACGAACUGCGGCGGCAGCAGGAGCAGGAGCUGCAGACGCGCUACCGCAGCGACCCCAACCUGGCGCGCUACCCCGUCAAGCCGCAGCCCUACGAGGAGCAGAUGCGCAUGCACGCAGAGGUCUCGCGCUUCCGCCACGAGCGGCGCCACAGCGACGUGUCGCUCGCCUACACCGAGAUGGACGACCCGCUGAGAGGCGGAGGGGGUGGAGGUGGAGGUGGGGGUCCGCUGGCGCCCCAGCAGCCGCACCCGUACGGCCCCCGCGUGGGCUUGAUGGGCGGGCCGGGGGACCCCCACCUGCGCCCUCCGUCCUCCCAGGGUCAGGGGGGGCAGCUGCUGGAUCCGGGCUCGGCGGUGCGGCGGACCAAGCGGGAGAAGAUGGAGAGCAUGCUGCGCAACGACUCGCUCAGCUCCGACCAGUCGGAGACGGUGAGGCCGCCCCCGCCGCGGCCGCACAAGAACAAGCGGGGCGGGGGCGGCGCCAAGAUGCGGCAGGUGUCGCUCAGCAGCUCGGAGGAGGAGCUGGCCACCACGCCCGAGUACACCAGCUGCGACGACGUGGAGAUCGAGAGCGAGUCGGUCAGCGAAAAAGGGAACAGUCAAAGGGGAAAAAGAAAAACUAUUGAGCAGACACCCUCCUUAUCUGAGGGACAAAAGAAAAUGGUGCGCUUUGGGGGCCACUCUUUCGAAGAGGAUGCCGAGUGGUGCGAACCCCUCAUAAAAGACUCUGGCGUUGAUACUUGCAGUAGCACUACGCUAAACGAAGAGCAUAGCCAUAGUGAGAAGCACCCAGUGACUUGGCAGCCAUCCAAAGACGGCGAGCGUCUGAUCGGUAGGAUCCUGCUCAACAAGAGGAUGAAGGACGGGAGCGUGCCCCGAGACUCUGGAGCUCUGCUGGGGCUAAAGGUGGUGGGUGGGAAGAUGACUGAAUCAGGGAGACUAUGCGCUUUCAUCACCAAAGUGAGGAAAGGAAGCUUAGCAGACACUGUUGGUCACCUAAGGCCAGGUGACCAGGUUCUGGAGUGGAACGGCAGGAUAUUACAAGGAGCCACUUUCAAAGAAGUUUACAAUAUCAUUCUAGAAUCAAAGCCGGAGCCUCAGGUGGAACUAGUGGUCUCGCGACCCAUUGGAGAUAUUCCAAGGAUACCAGACAGCACACACGCACAACUGGAAUCAAGUUCGAGCUCGUUCGAGUCUCAGAAGAUGGACCGUCCCUCCAUCUCGGUCACGUCUCCCAUGAGUUCUGGGAUGCUGCGAGACGCCCCUCAGUACUUGUCUGGACAGCUCUCAAGCCAAAGCCUUAGUAGAAGAAGUUCGCCUUUUGCCCCUUUGGUCCAGGUCAAACUCUGGUAUGACAAAGUGGGCCAUCAGCUCAUCGUCACCAUCCUGGGCGCGAAGGAUCUGCCUCCCAGGGAGGACGGCCGUCCCAGGAACCCCUAUGUCAAAAUCUACUUCCUACCCGACAGAAGCGACAAAAGCAAGAGAAGAACAAAAACAGUAAAGAAAUCUUUAGAGCCCAAGUGGAACCAGACCUUUAUGUACUCGCCCGUGCACCGGCGGGAGUUCCGCGAGCGCAUGCUGGAGGUCACGCUCUGGGACCAGGCCCGGGUGCGCGAGGAGGAGAGCCAGUUCCUGGGCGAGAUCCUGAUUGAGCUGGAGACGGCGCUGAUGGACGACGAGCCCCACUGGUACAAGCUGCAGACGCACGACUCCUCCUCCGUGCCCCUGCCCAACCCCUCGCCCCACCUGCAGAGAAGAGCCAUGCACGGAGACAGCCCCACGCGCCGCCUUCAGAACCAAGGGCCGUACUCGUACAACUCAGGGUCACAACGAAUCAGUGACAGUGAAAUCUCAGACUGGGACGGUGAGGAUGGUGUUGGAGUUAUAUCAGACUACAGACAAAACGGCAGGGACCUCCAGAGCUCCACCCUCUCUGUACCUGAGCAGGUGAUGUCAUCCAAUCACGUCUCGCGAUCGGCCGACCUGAACCGGGCACGCUCGCGCUCUCCAAGCGUGCCGCCACCUCAGAGCCAUUUUCUCACCCUACCUCGAUCCAAGCACAGUCCGCCUAUAGACCCCCAGCCUACGGAACUCAGGAAUUACGGAGCGUCGGACAGGUAUGAGUACCGGGACAGGUCCCGCUCCGCCGACCAGCGGGCUGCGCUGGACCGGCCCUUCUACACGCGCUCGCACUCCACGGAGCGCGGCCCAGAGCGCGACAGCCACGAGCUCAUGAGGUCCAUGCCCAGCCUCCCGUCCGGACGCUCCGCACCGCCCUCCCCUGCCUUAACGAGGGCUCACCCCCGAAGCGGCUCGGUCCAAACGAGUCCCAGCAGUACGCCCAUGUCCAGCAGGAGAGGAAGGCAACUACCACAACUGCCAUCCAAGGGAUCGCUCGACAGAAAGGACGGAGAAGAGGACAUAGCGCCUUGUCCACCAGACAUGGACUCACCCAGUUGGACAAACUCAGGUGCCAUGGACGUGGAGGAGCGGACGAGGCAGAUGAAGCUGAAGAUGAACAAGUACAAGCAGGGCACCGGCUCCGACUCACGGCUGGAGCAGGACUACCACAAGCGGAGGGACCCAACGCGGGGCUCGGACAACCUCUCGGCCAAGUCGUCGGACAGCGAUGUAAGCGACGUGUCCGCUGUAUCGCGGGGCAGCAGUGCCUCUCGCUUCAGCAGCACGAGCUACAUGUCUGUCCAGUCGGAACGGCCGCGAGGCACCCGCAAGAUCAGGCAGAUGGGCACGCCAGGGGGCAUGAACAUGACCAAGAGCACCAGCAUGGGCGGCGACAUGUGCAACAUGGAGAAGACGGACGGCAGCCAGUCGGACACGGCCGUCAGCCUGGUGGGCACGGACGACAAGAAGCGGCGCUCCAGCAUCGGCGCCAAGGUGUCGGCCAUCGUGGGCAUGUCGCGCAAGAGCCGCAGCACCUCCCAGCUCAGUCAGACAGCAGCAGGGGGUAAGAAGCUGCGCAGCACGGUGCAGCGGAGCACAGAGACGGGCCUGGCGGUGGAGAUGCGGAGCCGCAUGACGCGGCAGGCCAGCCGGGAGAGCAACGACGGCAGCAUGAACAGCUACAGCUCCGAGGGCAACCUCAUCUUCCCUGGUGUGAGGCUCUCCUCUGACAGCCAGUUCAGCGACUUCCUGGACGGCCUCGGCCCCGCCCAGCUGGUUGGACGCCAGACUCUGGCCACGCCCCCUAUGGGUGACAUCCAGAUCGGCAUGGUGGAGAAGAAAGGUGCACUCGAGGUGGAGAUUAUCCGAGCCCGUGGCCUUGUGGGAAAACCAGGUUCAAAAGCACUGCCAGCUCCCUAUGUGAAGGUGUACCUGCUGGACAACGGAUCUUGCAUCGCCAAAAAGAAGACAAAGGUAGCCCGAAAAACACUGGACCCACUUUACCAGCAACAACUGUCAUUUGAAGAGAGUCCGGGAGGCAAGGUUUUACAGGUCAUUGUAUGGGGAGAUUACGGACGCAUGGACCACAAGUCCUUCAUGGGAGCCGUUCAAAUCCUCCUAGACGAUCUGGACUUGUCCAACAUGGUGAUCGGCUGGUUCAAGCUCUUCCCUCCCUCCUCGCUGGUGGACCCCACGUUGGCUCCCCUGACCCGGAGAGCUUCUCAAUCGUCCCUGGACAGUUCCUCAUUCGGCCGCUCGUAGCAGUGUAAAUGCGCACAGAGAGAGCGUAGCGUCGUUGUAGCAGCCAGAGAGGGUGAAGCUUCAAAUUUUUUUGCGACAGGUCACAUCCCCCCGGUUACACUGCAUGCUUGAUGUUGUGUCUUCUGAGCCUGUUUCUUAAAGGGGUGAAAACAGUGGUCCUGUGUUUAAUCGCAAAAAAAUAGAAAAUUCGUAAAAUAUUCAUCGCACACAUUGUGCGAUCGAUGAGAAAGCGAGACCCCUCCCCCUGUCAUUCUAGAUUCAGGUGUCAGGGGUCACUGGCAGACGAAGGAAACAGGAAGUGGACUCCUGUAGCUGACGGUAUCCCAUAAUUCCUGGCUUUUAGUCCUUUCUAAGCCAUGAGAGGGUAUAUUGCAACCGUAUUGUGUCGCUGAGUUCUACAAAAGGCCGUUGUGUUUAUUUUUCUCUUUUUUAACAAAGGAGGAAAAAAUAAUGUUAGGUCUUUUUUGUUCAUUUUUUGUUAUGUUUUUGUUUUGUUUUUUUGUUUUUUUAUUUUGAGUAUGGGUGAGCUGUAUGGGGGGGUGACAGUGUUCCAGACUGGGGGUUCGGCCAUGCCAUUCCGCCAGUCUUCAGCUGUGUCUGUGUCUGAGCUGGGGAGGAUGAGAGUAUGGGGGAGGAGAGGCGAGACGUCUGGCUGGCUGGGUGAACACAGCCCAGUGGCCGACCUCUCCAUGCCUGCCUUCUCCUGAAAUGCACAUGCCCCAAGUCCACCAGAGAGACUUGAAGAAGAAAAAAAAACGUUCGAAAAGGCAAUACAAAGAUGGCAACCACGGACUCUCAAGAGUAGUAGGAUUUGAAACCCAGACAUGGACUUUUGUGAUCCAAUUGAACUAUUUCUCUGUUGAUAUAUUGUAUGAAAUUUAAAUGAAGAAAAAAUGAUUUUUUUGCAUGGACACAAAUUUAGCUGAACUUUAAAAGUGAAAAAAAAUAUUUUCUUGAGGCUGCAACUUGCAAAAAAGAAAAUAAAAAACACAACAGAACAGCCAUUUUCAACCGUUUAUAUUAUUUUUAAAGAUAAAUUUCACUAGUGCAUGGUUUUCAAAGGGAGUGAAUGCAACAGCGUGAUUACAGAAAAAAAGAUACCUUGUUUAUCGUCCUUUAGAACUCUUGGUCUGUAUUUUUACAGAUGUGCAGUUGACAUGAAGUCUAAAAGGAGAAUAGGCUACUUUGACGUUAUUUGCAGUAACAAGUCAAAAGCUGUUUAUGUGACAGAAGUAAAUAAAAGUAAAUGUUUUAUGGUUCAUUUUUUUGUAAAGGCACAGGCCUUUUAAGGAUGAACAACAUGAUGUGCAAAUUGUAUGUUUCUUUAUUUUCUCCUCCCGUCAAAUCUCCCAGAGUUACCAUGGUUACUCACUGCAACUGUUGUCACCCUGCCCCUUCCUCCCUAAGCCCCUCCCCUCACCCCAGUUUCAUUCCCAUGAUUCCGAGCAGACAGAGUAUUUUUGCUGCUCAGUGCGUUUAAAAAAAAAAAAAGAAGAAGAAGAAUCUGUAUUUGGGAUUUGAUUUGUUUAAAACAAGCAUGUUGAAAAGGAUUUUCUGCAACAUGGCUUGGACUCACCUAACAGUAACUCAGCAUGUUUUGAUAAAGAUGAUAUUUGGAGAUUUGAAGAAAAAAAAUGCAGUUUCUUGUACAGUGCAUGUCAACAAUGUUUUGUUUCUCCCUCACCUGAAAUUGAACUCAAAAAUUUGUUAAUGGAAAAUCAGCUUCUCUUGAUCCUCAGCUGACCAAUCAACAGACAGACAAAAGACUAUACGUUAUUUAUUUAUUUAUCUAUUUAUUUUUCAAGAAACAUUCCACCUCCGAAAAUAAUUUUGAACGACAAAACGAUCAAAUGUUUCCAAUCCCAGUGGUGAUCGUCAUGAAGUGCUUUUGGUUGCAUGUUUGUUUUGUUUCAGUAUUUCGACAAAUUGGUAUAAAGGGGUUUUAUACUAUAGGGCAUAUGAUGGCACAGGCGCUAACGCUAACGGAAGUGCUGUGCCGCUGACCUCUCUCGGCCUUGUUAGUGAAGCCAUGUUGAAAUCACAGAGGUUUAUGAGUGAAAGAGAAAAUGACCUUAGGAUAUUGCCACAAAAAUAGUUUUGUUCUGUUUUCUUUUGAGAAAGCAUAAAUUGAUUUUAAUAUAUUUUUAUUAAUUUAAUUAUAAGCCAAGACCAAUUAUUUUUCAUUUUUGCUAUUUUUUGUAAUUAUUAAUAGUGUAUCUGGGGAGGUAUCAGAAUCGUAUCGCUUCAAUGUCUGAAUGACAACAUAUUGAGACAUUAUUCCUUUUCCAUUUCAACAAGAAAUGAUUAUAUAUUUUAGUGUUCAUUCUAUAUCUUGUUCCUGUAACAAGCUAUAUAUUUCCUUUUCUUAAUUGCAUUGUACAUACUAGGUGUCCAAUUUCCUGGGAUUUGAAACAAAUGAAUAAGCAUAAAUAGACAAAAUGUACGUUAAGAUCUUUCUGGAACAGGGAUAAUGUCUCCAACAGAUGGCAAAGACAUGUUACUGACCCUUUUUGAAUGCCUUCUCUCUUUUUUUCUGGUGCAAUGUGUUCAUGCCAAGGCUAUGUCUUGGUGAAGUAUGGUUGAGUACAGAGAUUUAUGUAAGUUAUUUUUCAAAUUAAAAAAAUAAAAAUGGAUAUU